GAGUCUUUGAAGUUAACAAACCGGCCCUUGGACUUGGGUCAUUACAGAAUAGCUACCCGAGCUACUAUAAAACUCAACGACCCAACUCGACCAGAUGAUUCCCCACCACAACGAAACGAACCAAAAGAAAAUGGAAAACGGUUCGGAGAAAUGGGGUUUUCAAGGGAACGAGAAGCUGAACGUGGCGAUGGCGUCGGCAGUCACCGUCCGUGGCAUUCUCAUGAAGCUAUUUGAAUCUGUUAACAAAGAUGAUCCAAGGCCAACCGUGGCUCUCGGCCAUGGCGACCCCUCGGCGUUUCAGUGCUUUCGAACCGCCACCGUAGCCGAGGAUGCCAUUGUUGACUCUGUCCGCUCGGCUAAGUAUAAUGGCUACUCACCGUCGGUUGGUAUCCUGCCGGCGAGGAGGGCCAUAGCAGAUUAUCUGUCUCGUGAUCUUCCAUACGAGUUAUCGCCAGACGAUAUUUAUAUCACAGUUGGAUGCAUCCAAGCAAUUGAAGUAACACUGACAGUCCUUGCUCGCCCAGGCGCCAACGUUCUGCUUCCAAGACCCGGCUUUCCAUACUACGAGUCACGUGCUGCAUCGAUAAAUCUUGAAGUCCGCCAUUUUGAUCUUAAUCCAGAAAAGGGUUGGGAGGUUGAUCUUCAGAGCGUUGAAGCUCUUGCUGAUGAGAAUACUGUUGCCAUGGCCAUCAUAAACCCUGGCAAUCCUUGUGGAAGUGUCUAUACACACCAACAUUUGAAGAAGAUUGCAGAGACAGCGAGAAAGCUAGGCAUUCUGGUUAUUGCAGAUGAAGUUUAUCACCAUCUUACUUUCGGAAGUAACCCGUUUGUGCCGAUGGGAGCAUUUGGAUCAAUAGUGCCUGUUAUCACACUAGGGUCUAUAUCAAAGAGAUGGAUGGUACCAGGUUGGCGACUUGGUUGGAUUGUGACAAGUGAUCCUAAUGGCAUCCUUCGUAAAUUGGGGAUUGUGGAAUGUAUUACGGGCUGUGUUAAUAUGUCAUCUGAGCCAGCAACGUUCAUUCAGGGUGCGGUUCCUCAUAUCCUUGAAAAAACAAGCGAAGAUUUCUUCUCAAAAGUUAUUGACAUCCUAAAGGAGGCUUCAUACAUAUGCUAUGAUAGGAUUAAGGAGAACCCCUACAUUACUUGUCCAAAUAAACCAGAAGGAUCGAUGUUUGUGAUGGCGAAGUUAAACCUGCCAUUAUUGGAAGACAUUAAUGAUGAUAUGGAGUUUUGUCUCAAGAUGGCUAAAGAGGAAUCGGUUAUUAUUUUACCAGGGGUGGCUGUUGGGAUGAAGAAUUGGCUGCGCAUAUCUUUCGGAAUUGACCCUACAGCUCUUGAAGAUGGCUUUGGGAGGAUUAAAGCCUUCUGCGAAAGGCAUGCCAAGAAACAAUAAGCUCAUGCUAGUUUCUCAUGGUGGUUUCCAUGAAUACUUAAUUGUGAUUAAUAAAAUCCCCUCUUUGAAGUUUUGCUAAUCAGGCAAGACUUAAUGAAGAAGGGGUGAUGAUGACUGGGGAUCAUCAGCAACUUCUUGUUGCUCGAUCUGAUCAUGUUAUGUUAUUAUUGGUGAUUUGUAAUCGAUCAACAACAUCGUGUUGUUGAUCAUCCUUUGCUUUUGUUUGAUUUCCUUGAACCAUAAAGGAGUUCUUGGAUGUUUUUGAACUCCUAUGUUUUCAAUGAUGUUCGAUUAUUGGAAUAGAACAUAUAGUUCAAUUAGACAA